CUGGAAGUAGACUAGUGGCUACACUGACAGCUGCAUCCUAUGGCUGCAUCCUAUACAGAUAAACAAAUCGACAAGGGGGCGGGACAAUUAUGCUAGCUAACUGUAAUGUAGCACAUGUUUUCGUAUGGCAAACAGUCACCGAUCGGAAUAUUGAGCUCGUUUGAUUUAUAGUAACAUCUCGCCAGUUGUAAAUUAUUUUCCAUGUGGUGUCCUGUACUAACAAGAGACUAUAUGGAAUGGAAUAUAAUACGUUGAGAAACCAACUCGCUAGCAGGCCAGAUUACUUGCUAGCUAGUAAGCUAAUGCUGCUCAUCUUUCUUGGUCAUUUUAACAGUUUCUUAGCUUGUCCGCCAGCAGACUUUACUUAUGAUUUUUGUGUGGUAGAACCUCAUUUAAUUUCCAAAUCGGUGAAACAGCACUUUUAAAGGGUUGCCACAAAUCAGUUUUUGCUCGAGGAGUUGUAAACUCAUCCUUCGUAGCCCAGUGAAGAUGCAUCAUCCCAGCCCAGCGAGCAGUGAGCUGGGGUUCUUCCCCCCACCCUUCUCUCCUCACCGCCAUAUUCCUGACUUGACUGUCUCAAAAGAUUCCACCAGUGCAACAUGCCACUUCUCAGGGGCAGACUCCAGGAUAAAUACGAGCUGGGAGAGGCGUUGCUUGAGAAAACAUAGAAGGAGAGCAGACGAUGAAGCUUGCAGUCCCAAAAGAAGGCGGCUGACGGGGGAGGAGCCUGUGGAGGAUCCAAAGUCUCACUGGUCUCUGCACUGCUCUGCUGCGGCAGCAGUGGCCUCUGUGGACCCUACCCCUGCGCUGCCUCGACCUGACCUGAGGGGCCGGCGUGUGGGCCUGGUCACCCCCAGUGCCCCCACUCCUCUCCCUCCUGCCACAGACGCGGACGGGUCCUGCAUGGAGGUGGAGGCAGCACAGAGGAGACUGCAGGAGAUUGAGGAAAGAAUCACAUUAGAGGAUGACGAUGACGAAGAGGACCUGGAUGUGGAGCCGGCCCAGCGGCGGCCUGUGCUGGUCCUGUCCGACAGCUUAAAGGCGGGGCUGCAGCGCGGCAUCGGAGACAUUCUGCCCCACAACGUGGCCGAGUCUGUUAGGAGUCAUUCAUGCAUGCAGUUGGUGGUGUGGCGCCCCCCAGAGGACGCUCUGGCCCGCCGGCUGAAGGACUCCCUCCAGCGGCAGCGCAAACAGCAGCAGCAGUUUGCCAGCAGGCAGUCCACCAGCACGGCGACCAGUGGCAGCGCCGGAGCCCCGGCCACCCCACCGCCGCAGGGGCACCUCAGAGACUUCAGCGAGGGGGCCCUGAGCCCAGGCUACGGCUCGUCAGCGGCCCAGGAGUCUGGGGAGGAGGACAUGGAGUUGUAGAGGCACAACUGGGCCUCACCACCAUUUUGUGUGUCGGACCGGGUGGCGUGCCACCAUUUUGUACGUCACUGAUUGCUCUGGUGUCUAGAGCAGAGGGCUAUAUGCGGAAGUGUCGGCUGUGUGUAUUCACUUAGGGAGUUAUUACUUGCCAAAAAAGAAACGCCAUUUAUCUAUGGUUUUGGAAUUGCACUAUGGUUAAUUGAAUGAUGGUUAUGGUAGUGUCACAAUGUGCAGAUGAGAAACAGCUUCGGUGCUACAGGGACCACAGCGAAGGACUAUCUGUUUUGGAAAGUUUAUUGCCAUGUACUGCUUUGUAUUUUUCAGCAAUUCAGUGUAAAUCACACCAGUAAUAGUACAAGUAUAAAUCAAGUCUCGUUUUGUUACAUAAAGCUGAGCAAACGCGUUGGAAAAGUACUGUUCAACAGUUAAAUAAUUCCUCCCCAGACAAAAUAUUACUUGGGUAAGAACAUCGGUGCAAUACCACUUUUGGUGAUAAAUGUAAUUUCAGUUGCUGUUUGCCAUUUCUUUUUUCUGUCUAAGUUUGUAUGGCUUUAAAAGAGAAGAGCUAUUGAAAGAUAUGCACUAGCACAUAUCUGUUAACAUGCUUAGCUGUCCUUUCAAAAAGACGUUUCCAGUGUAAUUUUCUUGUCCUUAAAAGGGGGAGUAAAUGCACAGCGUGGACCCAGAUCCGACAGUGGAUUGUCUGUAGGAUUUCAGGACAUAAAAGUGCAUGGCCAUACUUUCUGCCUUAAGAAAUAAAUGGUGUCUACAAUUAUAUUUGGGUUGUAGAUAGAAAAAUGUACAAGUGUAUUGCAUUUAUCAUAUAGUAAAUCUUUAAUGUUUGUGUGAUUUUUUAAAAAAUAAAAUAAUUAUGGCUCAA